CGGCGUUCAAACUAGCCCAGGACUAUUGAUCAUGCCGCUGUCAUGAUAAUUGAGGAUCAAAAUAUACCCAAAAUGAACGUAAAUCGUGCCAGUUGGUCCACAAGACUCCUCGAGAAUAUUACCGGCCUGUUCAGAAGCUCCUCCGAGGGGCAUUCGACGGAAUAUGCCUACCUCCAGCUGGGUGAUCCAGAGCACUUCUCAGACUUCCCCACAGAGGAGGAGCGUUUGAAGCUGAGAAGGGUGGCCGAUGCGAUUCCUUGGAGCGCAUAUCUAGUAGCUUUCGUCGAGCUUGCUGAGCGAUUCUCGUACUAUGGUACCACCGUAGUAUUUACCAACUUUAUCCAGCAGCCCCUGCCGCCUCACUCACGCACGGGGGCGGGCUAUGCAGACGGCCAAUCUGGCGCCCUCGGAUUAGGCCAGCGUGCUUCGACUGCUAUCGGCACGUUUAACAGCUUCUGGGUAUACAUCAUCCCUUUACUAGGUGCCUAUAUCGCCGACACACGCUGGGGGCGAUUCAAGACAAUCUGCAUUUCUGUCGGCAUUGCAUUAAUCGGUCAUGUCAUCCUGGUCGGCUCAGCACUACCCGGGCCGAUUGAGCACCAGAAGUUGUCCUUGUCAAUUUUCCUCACCGCUGUGGUUAUCAUGGGCAUCGGCACCGGUGGUUUCAAAGCGAACAUAUCUCCUCUUGUUGCGGAGCAGUACAGGAGGACAAAGCUCUCCGUGACGACUUUGCAAACCGGGGAACGAGUAAUUAUCGAUCCUGCUUUAACCACUGCGAGGAUCUACAUGUAUUUCUACCUAUUCAUCAAUACUGGAGCUCUGGUUGGUCAGAUCGGCAUGACGUAUUCGGAGAAGUAUGUCGGCUUCUGGCUGGCAUAUUCCCUACCCACACUAGUCUUCCUCCUUUGUCCGUACAUUCUGUACCUUGGCCGGAAUCGCUAUAUCAAGACUCCUCCAUCUGAAUCUGUCCUGCUCACAGUGUUCCGCAUGGUAAAAUUCCAGAUGAAUGGACGAUGGUCGAUGAACCCAUUUAUCAUCUACGAACGCAUGCAGUCUCCAGGAUUCUGGACCCAAGCAAGGCCCAGUCAUGUACCACCACACAACCGGCCUCUGUGGAUGACUUAUAGCGAUGGCUGGGUGGACGAAGUGAGACGUGGAUUCAAAGCAUGCGAGGUCUUCCUUUGGUAUCCAAUCUACUAUCUCUCGCUAAAUCAGCUCAAUAACAAUCUCACGUCGCAGGCUGCAACGAUGAGGACGGAUGGUGUGCCUAAUGAUGUUCUAUCCAACCUAGAUCCUCUCACGCUGGUUAUUUUCAUUCCCAUCUUCGACUUCUGCCUAUACCCUAGCUUAGGAUACGCCGGGUUCCGGUUUACGCCGCUGAAGAGAAUAACGGCCGGGUUCAUCAUGGCGUCCAUAGCCAUGGCAUGGACAGCCUCCGUCCAGCAUUCGAUCUAUCAGCGGAAUCCUUGUGGGCUGUAUGUCGCUACGUGUGAGGACGCCGACGGUCGUGCUGUCACCUCCGACCUGAGCGUUUGGCUGCAAGCUCCUAGCUACAUUCUGAUAGGACUGUCGGAAAUCCUCGCCUCCAUUACGGGACUAGAGUACGCAUAUACAAAGGCGCCGAAGAACAUGCGCUCGCUUGUCAUGGCAGUGUUUCUGUUCAUGUCGGCCGUUGCUAGUGCAAUAGGCGAGGCGUUCGUCUCACUCUCCGCUGACCCUUUGCUGGUGUGGAAUUAUGGUGUAAUGAGCGUGCUUGCUGCAAUAGCAGGCACCGCGUUCUGGUUCCACUUCAGUCAUCUUGAUAUGCAGGAGGAUGAUCUGAACAACCUCAGUGAUGAGAGUCUGCUUGAUAUAGUGCUCCAAGAGUAGAUCUGCAUUGUCGAUGUAUCGUUGCCGUUGCUAGAGGUGUUCGGUAUCUGUGUCAUAGAGACAUGGAAUCCAUUUCCAUUUGCUUUGUCGAGCUUGUG